AUGAGUGUAGACGGUGUUGUAUUGGCCACCGAAAAUAACCAUACGUAUAAUAGGCGACAGCGUAGGGAUCGUCGAUGGUGGGCAAUAGAAUUGUUCCACCGUAGAGAACAAGCUGGAAACCGGCUGUUAGAUACCAUUAUGGCCGAACAGGUGAGCGAGACGAUCAAGACAUUCCUGCGGAUGACGAAGGAAGAUUUUGAUUAUCUACUAUCCCUUAUUGGUCCUAAAAUCCAACGGCUGGAUACACAUAUGCGGGAAUCAAUUACGGCCCAAGAACGGUUGAUGAUCACUCUGCGCUUUUUGGCAACUGGAGAGACAUUCACCGGCCUCCAGUUUGUGUUCCGCGUUUCCAAAUUGUCAAUAAGCUUGAUUGUGAGGGAUGUGUGUUCAGUCCUCAACGAGCAAUUACGGACCUAUGUAAAAGUAAGUGCUUGUUUUGUUAUUUAUUUAAACGGUAAUAUAGAGUAG